CGUCCAACUUGGCAUGUAAAGCACAGCACCUCUCGAGCUCUAGCACCGUAGUAUAAAUAAGCUUCUCGUCACCAAAUCCGGAAUCCUCUCGCAAAGCAGAUCACGGCGACGAUAAGCGAGCAACCGACGAGCAUUAAUCCCAGAAACCAAAGCUUUUCUUUGAGGGAACCCAGAAACCAAAGCUCGGCAAGAGGACGCCUCUAUUCCGUCCGCGCGCGCCGAUCGAUCGAGUUCGAGGCACAGCGUCGAUCUGCAAACACUGCUCGAUCGAUCGCGAUUCGCGAGCGGCCAGCACGCAUGGGGAACUGUCUGAGGCCGCAGCGCGCGGCGACGUGGGCGGACGGCGACGAGUGGGAGGACGAGGCGGAGGUCUGCAGCAAGGCGGCGGCCGCCGCCGCCGCUGCCGUCGAGGAGAAGAAGGUGGAGGUGAAGAUCAGGGUGACGCGGCGGCAGCUGCAGGAGCUGCUGGAGAAGGCCGGCUGCGCCGGCGGCCGUGGGCGUGGGGACGGCAACGGCAAGGCCAAGCGGCGGCACGUGGAGGAGGUGCUGGCCGAGCUGAUGGCUUCCGGCAGGGUGUGCUACCAGCAUGAGAUGAGGCGGCACUGGAGGCCCGCCCUGCGCAGCAUACCGGAGGCUGUCGUCGAGGAGUCGUGAUGAUGCAUGGCUCACGAGUUCUGAGCCAUCUCUCUCGAUCAGAGUUUUCUGUCUGCUUAGUUCUGUAUGUGCAUAGUUGAGUUGCUCUAGGAAGAUGCAGGUGUUAGCGAUUCUUUCCGAGAUAUUGUACAGGCGUACAAACUGAAAAUGCUGAUCAGAAGCAGUUACUUGAAUUUUGCACAAUGUUUUACUAUCACCUCGAUCUGUGCCUACUCCCUUCUUGCAUGCAGAUGCAAAACGGUGGAAUGGCAGCUAGGCAUAGAGAAUAGUACUGCAUGACUUUGCUCUCAGCAACGACAAGUACGGAUUAUUUAGGUGCAGAGUAGCGAUCUUACAGUACUACUUUACUUCCAGGAGCUAGUCAGUGCAGGCGCUAUGUAUGCUCACCUACUAGAACUUCAGGUCACGUCCAAAAAUCACAGUCAAACGGAAACUCUGUAGCGGAAAUGGACAGUUACCAGCUC